CUUCAUUUGACUCUUUUGUUAUUGAGUAAGUUUAAUAUUCUGUACUUGUUCCUUGUUCUUGAUUUCCUUCUAGUUCUAUACGUUUAUUUGUUUUCUCUUUAGAUUCAGGUAUGUCCAUUUCCUUAAAUUCUGCUUAUAUUAACAUCUGUUGAAUUGUUUCUUCAAAUGUCUUAUCGACUGGCCCUAUGCUCAAAAUCUCCUGUUUUGUUCCAUGUUGUGGUGCAUAUUGAGUGGUGGCACAUGCUUUUCACAAUUGAGCAUGCCUGAUCCAUCGAAGCUCAAGUGAAUAAUAGAGAGGGCAUUCUACCUCAUGGAAAGUUGUGAAUUAGUGCAGCUCUCAAAGUCCCAUUAAGUUGGGAACUGAAUUAUAUCAUCACGAGGGCAUCUUGGUUCACCAUGCACAGACAGGUCAUAUGCUACACGAGAGCAAGGACCAGUGGUGAUGAAUCUGUGUUGCAACCUGAACAUGUGGCAAUUGCUUAGUUGAUUCUUAGGGUUAUAUUGGUCUUAUCGCCGUGGCUGGAGACUACAUUUCUGCACUAUCUUCUUGUGAAAGUGAUUAGGGUGUUGAUGAAGUGAGGAGUAAUGAGAUAGGGGAGGUACUGACAGAUGCCAAUGGCAAUCAGUCCCAGAGUUGGAUGUUAAUUGGUUGCAUAGUUUCUUUUUGUUGGGAAAGAAGAUGGGAAAGGAACACAUGUCAUCGACCACUUUGCAGUGGACCAAGAAUGAAUCAUGGUGCUUAGCUCGUUAUGGAAAUAAAGAUAAAUGGAAAGGCUGAGCAUGUGUUUGGUAGGAAGAUGUUAGGGUGGUGUAAUUGUGUAAAGCCUUCUGAGUGCAAGUAAUUAGAUAAUAAAUAUUGUGCUUGACUAAAAUGAGCCAUGAAAUUUUUUUUGGGUAUAUAAGUGAAAAAUAGAAAAAAUUAAUUUAAUUGUAUUGUUGGCAAAUUAAAAUUUUCUGUACUCACUUCGAAAAAUAAUAAAAAUAGUUCUGUAUUUUGGAUAGUGAAAUUUUUUAUACAUUAGUUUUAGACAGAGGAAACUACAUAAAUCGUUGGACUUCGUGUAUGUUUCAGAACAUAGAUUUUAAAAGUUAUCUGGGUUUAACCUAAGAGCCUUUUUUAAGUUCGUAAUGUGCCUCCAUUUCUUGACCUAGGCAAUGUCCCUCCACUUAAACUAGUCGUUGAUUUUUGAUGGUUUUCUCAUACUAAAUCCACGUAUUGACAUUGUUUCAGUGGUCUUUGUGGUGCCUAGGCAAAUCUUAUACAUUCACAAUGCACACAUAUUAACUUUUAGCAUUUUUUUAAUGUUUAUAAGUGCUACACAAACGAAAUUACGGAUGUGAAUCCAUGACAAUGCAGUCUCAGAAAUCCUAUAACAAGAAAAAUACCUUUUUGAAUGGUGUCAGACACUCAGACUGGAGCACUUCAAUAAAGCUUUGAGAAUUUAUUUUAAUAUGGAAUUUAUCUUGGCCACCAAUCUAAAAAUAUAUUUGGCAUUUUAUGCAUUUCCUCUGCAUUAGUGGAUCUUAUAGCUGUUCUCUUUGUUGUACACACUCUUCCUUUUUUUCCCAUAUUGAAGAUAAAGUCACAUUUUACCUUUUUUUUUGAAGAAAAACUCACAUUUAACUGGUGCGACACGAGGUAUGGUGUGGAUAGCUGGAACCCUACACUAGAGCUAAUCUCUUCAUCGCAGAAAAAUAAACCUCUCCCCUUUUUCUCCCCCUUUCCCUUUCCUCUUUCCCUUUCCCUUGCCUCAACCCACUCUCAAUCCCUAGCAUAGCUUUGUUGUUCGUUGAUACUCUUCACACCCCCCCCAUCCCUCGGCAGCAGAUCUUCCUGCUCACUAUUGGCAGGAGGCAACACCCUUUUGGCUUCGGUGCGCGGACUUCCCACUUGAUCGCAAUCAGCUUAUCGUGUUGCCGCUUGAACACUGGACAUGGAAUUCUUCACCGAGUAUGGGGAGGCGAGCCAGUUUCAGAUUGAAGAGGUCAUUGGCAAGGGGAGCUAUGGGGUAGUUGCUGCUGCAAUUGAUACUCACACUGGGGAGCGGGUUGCGAUAAAAAAGAUAAAGGAUGUUUUUGAGAAUGUCUCAGAUGCUGCUCGCAUUUUGCGGGAAAUCAAGCUUCUUCGGCUGCUUCGCCACCCAAACAUAGUCCAGAUCAAACACAUUAUGUUGCCCCCUACCCGAAGGGAGUUCAGAGAUAUCUAUGUUGUUUUUGAGCUCAUGGAGUCUGACCUGCAUCAAGUGAUCAAAGCAAAUGAUAACCUGACUCCAGAGCAUCACCGUUUUUUCUUGUACCAACUCCUUUGUGCUCUCAAGUACAUCCAUGCAGCCCAUGUAUUUCAUCGUGAUUUAAAGCCCAGGAACAUACUGGCCAAUUCAGACAGCAAAUUAAAGAUUUGUGACUUUGGACUUGCACGUGCAUCAUUUAAUGACUCCCCUUCAGCUAUAUUUUGGACAGAUUAUGUGGCUACAAGGUGGUACCGAGCUCCUGAAUUAUGUGGCUCCUUUUUCUCCAAUUACACCCCUGCAAUUGAUAUUUGGAGUAUAGGGUGCAUAUUUGCUGAAGUUCUCACUGGAACUCCAUUAUUUCCUGGGAGGAAUGUUGUGCACCAACUAGAUUUAAUAACAGACCUCCUUGGAACACCAUCAAUGGAAUCCUUAUCCCAGAUUUGCAGUGACAAGGCCAGGAAAUAUUUAAUUGGCACGCCGAGGAAGCCCCCUAUUCCCUUUUCUCAUAAGUUCCAUAACGCUGAUCCUUCGGCUCUCCGUUUGCUUGAGCGUUUACUUGCAUUUGACCCCAAAGAUCGACCUACUGCUGAAGAGGCUUUAGCUGAUCCAUAUUUUAGAUGCCUUGCUAAAUUGGAAUGUGAGCCUUCAGCACAACCAAUUUCAAAGCUUGAUUUUGAAUUUGAGGGAAGAAAACUAACAAAGGAAGAUGUGAGAGAAAUGAUAUAUCGGGAGAUUUUGGAGUACCAUCCACAGAUGCUUCAGGAGUACAUUGAAGGUGAAGAACAGAUUCACUUCCUAUACCCAAGUGGUGUUGAUCGCUUCCAGCGACAGUUUGCUCAUCUUGAAGAAAACUACAGAAGAGGAGUAGCAACUACUCCACUGCGAAGGCAGCCUACAUCUUUGCCAAGGGAGAGAGUCUGUUCAUCAGAAGAUGGCCAUAAUCAGGAUUCUGGCAACGAAGAGGGAAGAGCAGCAUCCUAUGUUGCCCGAACAACCAUAAGCCCCCCAAGGUUACAAGAAGAGCGGCGUAAGCAUCAGUCUUCCAAUCACAGUGGCGAUUCCAUCUCCUGCGCAAAGAGCUAUCUGAAGAGUGCUGUUAACAUCAGUUCUUCCAGACGUGCCAUCAAAGGGCAUAAAGUCCCAAAGGAGAAGGGAAUCUCCGAGGAUGAGAAAGAGGAGGCGGUUUUUGAACUAUUAGACAAGGUACCCAGGGUGCUCUCCUAGGACAGACUCAGAAGCCAUGAUACCAAUGCCACUGCAAUGCAAGAUUCGUAACAGGUAUCAAACAACGCAGGAGGCCCCCAGAUCGGGAGCAAAAUAAAAUCGCGCCAUCUAUAUCGACGCUGCUAGUUUCAGUAAACUACCCAGAUCAUAUGACAUUGCCCAAGCACCCUGUUUGAAGAAAUCGAAUCAUGUGGUGUACUGUUAACUUUUGAAAAUUCAACUGCUAGAUUCUGGCAACUCUGUUGUGCACACUCUUCUUGGCUUGCUAGAUGUACUGUUUCUUGGACA